AUGCUUGAGCCCAGGUGGAGGUGGCCUGCCCAGCAGAGCUGCAGGUUUCACAGCGGCCCUAGUGCCCCAGAAGCUCCAACGUGGAGGACAUGGCCACAGGUGUGAUCCGACCUCUCUGUGACUUCCAGCUUCCCCGGCCAUCCCUUCAGCCCUUCCUGCCCCUAGACCCAGAGCCCCCAGACACUUCUGAGGAGGAGGAGGAAGAGGAGGAGGUGGGGGAGGAAGAAGAAGAGGAUCUGGAGGGUGAGGGGCCAGGGGCCCACAGCCCAGCUCCCCAGAGCUCAGGUUGGGCCGCAGUUGUCCCCGAAGCGGCCCCUCCAGGUCCGAGCAGUGCCGAGAUGCCACUGCAGCUGCUGCGGUUCUCUGAGCUCAUCAGCGGUGACAUCCAGAGGUACUUUGGCCGCAAGGACAGGGGGCAGGACCCAGAAGCCUGCGACAUCUAUGCCGACGGCCACCCGGCCAGCAGCUCAGCCAGGGAGCUCUACUGCACAGACCUGGCACAUCUGGCCCAGGGUGGGUUCUCUGAUGAUGAAAAGGCCACCGAGCCUGGGGUCCACUCUCCCAGGGCUCCCCAGGGGCAGGUGCAUGAGACAGGCCUUGGUGGGGACAGGGUGCAGCCACUGGGGCCACUGGCUGAGUUGUUCGACUAUGGGCUGCGGCAGUUCUCAGGGCCCAGGGGGUCGACUGGCCACCGGCUGAGGCUAGAGCAGAAGUACGGCCACAUCACCCCCAUGACCCAGAGAAAGCUGCCCCCUUCCUUCUGGAAGGAGCCGGCGCCUAGCCCCCUGGGCCUGCUGCACCCUGGUACGCCCGACUUCAGUGACCUGCUGGCUAGCUGGUCAGUGGAGGCUGGCCCAGAGCUGCCAGGCAGGGGUGCCCAGACCCUGGAGGGGAUGCAGCUGGCUGAGGCCUAG